UUGCUUAAGAAAAACCGGCCACUUCGGUUGAAGAGGACAUCAUCCCACUGAAUACAUUUGGUACUGGAAAAAUGGCGGCUACACACAGCUUAUCCUCUGCUGCACUCUCAUCGUCUUCCUCCUCCUUUUUCUCGCACUCCAGUUUCAAUGCCAAGAAUCCGAAGGUAUCAUUUCCAGGAACAAGGUUCCGCGUCAAGUGUGUUGCAACGUCUCAAGAUUCCACGACAGCCUACAAAACAUCGGUCCCUCGAAAUGCGAACAUGGCCAAACUUCAAGCUGGAUACCUUUUUCCUGAGAUUGCAAGGAGAAGGAAUGCGCACUUGCAGAAGUAUCCUGAUGCGAAAGUCAUUAGCCUUGGAAUUGGUGACACUACUGAGCCUAUUCCUGAGGUUAUUACAUCGGCCAUGGCAAAGAGAUCACAUGCAUUGUCCACACUAGAGGGUUACAGUGGAUAUGGGGCUGAGCAGGGCGAAAAGCCAGUGAGAGCUUUAAUUGGCAAAACAUUUUAUAGCGGCCUUGGCAUAGAAGAAGAUGAUAUCUUUGUUUCUGAUGGUGCAAAAUGUGACAUAACACGUCUUCAGCUUGUUUUUGGCUCCAACGUGUCAAUGGCAGUGCAAGAUCCAUCAUACCCGGCUUAUGUGGACUCGAGCGUCAUCUUGGGGCAGACUGGACAGUACGAAAAGGAUGCUGAAAAGUAUGGCAAUAUUGAAUACAUGAGAUGUACUCCAGAAAAUGGAUUUUUUCCGGAUUUAUCUAAGAUUCCCCGAACAGAUAUCAUAUUUUUCUGUUCACCAAACAAUCCUACCGGCUCUUCCGCAACAAGGGAACAGUUAACCCAACUGGUGCAGUUUGCUAAAAAGAAUGGGUCAAUUAUAGUCUAUGAUUCUGCAUAUGCAAUGUAUAUAUCAGACGAUAAUCCAAGAUCUAUCUUUGAAAUUCCUGGAGCGAAGGAGGUUGCAAUUGAGACAUCAUCAUUUAGCAAGUAUGCUGGGUUUACUGGAGUUCGUCUUGGUUGGACAGUUGUUCCAAAGGAGCUUAUGUUUUCUGAUGGAUUUCCCGUUGCUAAAGAUUUCAACCGCAUAGUUUGUACUUGCUUCAACGGCGCAUCCAACAUUGCCCAAGCUGGGGGUUUGGCUUGUCUUUCGCCAGAAGGGCUUGAGGCUAUGCGCGGGGUUAUUGGUUUUUACAAAGAAAACACCAGUAUCAUUAUGGACACAUUCAACUCGCUUGGGUUUAAUGUGUAUGGAGGGAAAAAUGCACCAUAUGUGUGGGUUCGUUUCCCUGGCCGGAGUUCGUGGGAGGUAUUUGCUGAGAUACUAGAGAAAACACAUGUCGUGACAACCCCUGGAAGCGGUUUCGGACCUGGUGGCGAAGGAUUUAUCAGGGUAAGUGCUUUUGGUCACAGAGAGAAUGUCUUGGAAGCUUGCAGAAGAUUCAAGCAGCUAUACAAGUGAAAGAAGAGGAGAAGCGAUGCAGGUGGAUGAGAUUUAAAUCUCAGGUGCCAUCCUUCUAUUCUUCAACUCUUGGAAUUAUGUACUACAUGUUUUUGACAUUUGCCUUUGGCAUUUCAUUUUCAUUUGAAAUGUACAAAAGCAUUCCAGUUGUAGCUUGAGGCGUUUCUGUGUGUCGGAGGAUUUCGGUCGGUUUUCAUCUAAGCAAAUAGCGACGACGCCUGUUGCAUUUGAGGUCUGUAUGAAGUCUCUCUCUUUAAAUCAAUAAAUUUAAAUGCUACCAUUUGACCAA